CGGCGAAUAGGGGCCAACGCCAAUGUCCUUACACCAAUAUAUCCCAACACCACAAAGUGAAAUUGUUUUGAAGAUUUAAUCAAUUGUAGGAUAGGAGGAGAGGGUUAUAUUAAGUCUAAUUUUAUUUUGUCAGUCCCCAUCGAUCACAAGAUCUUAUGGUUUAAAGGACAUAUUGGAGAUCCGUUAUUCCCAUUCCUACACCUAUACUAUACUAAACAAAUGACGCUUUACUAAUCAAAUAUGUUGGUAAAUCCUAGUAAUACAAUCCUUAUACGGUCAUGGUUUCCAAAAAGCGAAGUAAACGGGGUAAACACGUUCGAUAUCCCAAGCCUCUGACUGAUACGCAGUCCAAGCAGGUAUCAAUUACUACUGAGGCUACCAGGAUAUUGCGCAGAAAGGCAAAUCGGAGUAUCCAAUGAUAUCCGAACAGAGGUCAUUAAUUGUUGAAGCUGUACAACUGUUUUAUCCCUUCAAUCCACGCAAGGAACAGGUUGAUUGUAUCCAUCAGUUGGUAUACGAGAAAAACGACCUUGUGCUGGUCGCGAAGACAUCAUUUGGAAAAAGCCUAAUACCAAGUAUCCUUCCUAGUACUGUUCCUCAGUCAAUUAUUAUUGUGAUUCUCCCGCUUCUUGCACUGGGUGAAGAGCAGACUGCGUCAAUUCAAAGCCAUUUAUCUUUGGGAGGGUUGGCGAAUCCUAUAUUUGUUAAUUCAACCAAUAUUUGCAAACAACAAUUAAGAGAGAUUAAGCCCGGCAUUUAUACUCACAUCUUUAUAUCCCCGGAGAUACUCACUGGUAAAGAUUCCGCUAUGUCCUUACAUCACCUACCUUUCGGGAUAUGGUUCGAUGGAUCGCAAUUGAUGAGGUUCGCCUCAUUUAUAUUUGGGGGAAACAAUUCCGGAAAGCUUAUACCCGUCUAACGGCUAUUCAGGCCAAAUUGGGGCCUAAGAUUCGGCUUGGUUGUACUGCAACGCUGGACAAUAACACCUGGGAGAAGGUUCAAUAUUAUGCUGGAUUCCAAGCGGACACAUACUUACUCCGGUCUCCAAUCAAUCAACCUGAGAUUGCCAUUAUUCGAAGUAUACUAGUGGCAUCAGAAACUCUUCCAGAGUCUGCAUUUUCUUGUUGCCAACGCAUCAACACUUCGAGACGGGACUAGGUUGUCGUCUGCACCUGAUUUUCAUGAGAUAGUUGCUAAUUACAGCGGACUUGAUACUGACAAGGCUCCAAGCAGUGGCCAUAUG